AUGCCUAGGUCUCAAUCGCCACUGUCCAACUCACUCCCUCCUCUCGUCUUCGGGACCGCCACCUUCAACUAUCAGUACAAUGUUGAUCCAUACGCCCUGGGUCCCACUUCUCUUGUCCAGAAAGCUCUCGCCCAAGGAGUCCAUGCUUUUGACACCUCUCCUUACUACGGACCGGCCGAAGAGAUCCUCGGGACUGCUCUGGACAGCGACCUAGUCCGACAACACUAUCCGCGAGAUCAGUAUUUUAUCCUUACAAAGGUUGGCCGCGUUGCCGCCGAUGCUUUCGACUAUUCCCCGUCAUGGGUCCGACAGAGCGUCCAAAGAAGUUGUAGUCGUCUGAGGACUGACUACCUCGAUGUGGUCUAUUGCCAUGAUUGCGAGUUCGUCUCACCAGAGGAAGUCCUCGGCGCCAUCAGGGAGCUCCGCCGGAUACGGGACGAAGAAGGCACCGUGCAUUACGUUGGUAUCUCUGGCUAUCCUGUGCUGGUUCUUUGCGAGCUGGCUGAAAUGAUUUUGCGAGAGACUGGAGAACCACUGGAUAUUGUUCAAUCGUACGCAAACUUCACCCUUCAGAAUACCCGGCUGCUUUCGGACGGUCUUGAGCGCCUGGUGAACGCUGGUGUGGAUGUUGUGACAAAUGCCAGCCCUCUAGGAAUGGGCCUGUUAAGAUCAACAGGUCCUCCUGUGGGCGCUAUGGGUAAUUGGCAUCCUGCUCCGGACGGCCUCCGACAAGCCUGCAUCAAUGCCGGAAAAUGGGCAGAGUCCAGAGGAGAAAAGCUCGAAGUUGUCGCGGUCAGAUUCGCUCUCGAGAACUGGCUCCGGGAAGGCGCCAAAGUUGGAUCCUUGGGUAACCCACUUGGAAACACAGACACGUCUUAUGGCCAUGCUUUUAGCCUGCCUCAGGAGAGAGUAGGCGUCAGUGUCAUGGGUGUCAGUAGGGUGGAGGAGCUCGACGAGACGAUGCGAGUGUGGAGAAGCGUUCUCGAUGGACUGGCUGACGACCUCGAUGCGGAACCCGGCACCAUUACUCCCUGCGACUCGGUCACUGAUCACGAAUGGUCUCUAGCACGUCGACAAACCAUCCGCGAACUUGCCAAGGGAAUUCGAGGGGUUAUCGGAUCCGAAUGGGUUGACUAUGUCUGGGAGUCCCCUGAUCCAGGCUUCAUUAAUCGACGAGAGAGGAAGGAUGAUGUCGUGGUGAAUGAGGUCGAAGUGCCUGUUGCUGUCGACACAACGAUGCUGACACCUCCCUCCGAAGCCGACGAUAAUGGAGUACCAACGGACGUCCCCCCAAUGCCCUGA